AUGAUAGCUACAACUGGACCAGAGGUAACCGUUCUAGAAACGACUGGGCAAGUAGCAAUCACAACAACAGCAACUGUUCAAGAAACAACUAAACCGGUAGCAACCACAAUAGCUACAGGUGUUCAAGAAACCGCUCUAGAAAUAACUAUACUGCCAGCAACCACAGCAACUGAAGCUGUUCAAAAAACAACUACAACGGCUAUAACAGGUUUAACGGUAGCAACCACAGCAUUUGCAACUGAUAAGGAGAUGACAACAACAAUGCUAAAAAUCCCAACAACUACAUCAGCUCAUGAAACAUCCACGCCGGUAGCAACCACAACAGCUACAACUCCUCCAGAGCUAACUGUUGCAGAAGCAACGACAAUAGUAGUGGAUAACAUAUCUACAACUGAUCCAGGAGAACAUACUACGGAAGCAACCUCAACGGGCUGCGGCAGUUCCGGAAACAACUGUUCAAGAAACAACUACACAACGAGCACCUACAACUCAAACUGUUUCAGAAACAACAACACUGUUAGCGACAACAAAGGCUACAGCUGUUUCAGAAACAACUGUUUCAGAAACGACUACACCGCUAGCACCUACAACUCAAACUGUUUCAGAAACAACAACACUGUUAGCGACAACAAAGGCUACAGCUGUUCCAGAAACAACUGUUUCAGAAACGACUACACAACGAGCACCUACAACUCAAGCUAUUUCGAAAACAUCUACACUAUUAGCGACAACAAAGGCUACAGCUGUUCCAGAAGCAACUGUUUCAGAAACGACUACACCGCUAGCACCUACAACUCAAGCUAUUUCGAAAACAUCUACACUAUUAGCGACAACAAAGGCUACAGCUGUUCCAGAAGCAACUGUUUCAGAAACGACUACACCGAUAGCACCUACAACUCAAGCUAUUUCGAAAACAUCUACACUAUUAGUGACAACAAAGGCUACAGCUGUUCCGGAAACAACUGUUUCAGAAACAACGUCUCCGCUAGCACCUACAACUCAAGCUAUUUCGAAAACAUCUACACUAUUAGAGACAACAAAGGCUACAGCUGUUCCGGAAACAACUGUUUAAGAAACGACUACACCGCUAGCACCUACAGCUCAAGCUAUUUCGAAAACAUCUACACUAUUAGAGACAACAAAGGCUACAGCUGUUCCGGAAACAACUGUUUCAGAAACAACGUCUCCGCUAGCACCUACAACUCAAGCUAUUUCGAAAACAUCUGCACCAUUAGCAACAACAAAGGCUACAGCUGUUCCGGAAACAACUGUUUCAGAAACGACUACACCGCUAGCACCUACAGCUCAAGCUAUUUCAAAAACAUCUACACUAUUAGCGACAACAAAGGCUACAGCUGUUCCGGAAACAACUGUUUCAGAAACGACUACACCGCUAGCAACUGCAACGACUCAGACCUUUUCAGAAACAACGACUCCAAUAGCAACUACAUCAGCUCAAACUGUUUCAGAAACGACUACACCGUUAGCAACGACAAUGUCUACUACUGCACCAGAAACCACUACACUGUAACUGGACCAGAUGCUUCCGUGGUCACGGCUAGUACCUCAGAUACUACCUCGCAUAUAACACAGGAGGCAAGCACCGUAACAACGUCAGCUGGACUGUUAAUAGACCCCACACUAUCAAAUACAAGUUCUACAAAUACUCAAAGUAUCACCACUACAGAUAGACCGGAAUCAUCCUCUAAAG